GCUGAGAAGGCCGUAGCCGACUUCAAGGCCGAGGGGUGGAAAGCCGAGGACCAGCUCCCCUUCUGCUAUGAGGUGGUUGCCGAGAGGUUGAAUGAUUGGACGACGAAGGACCCCGCCGGCCAAGAAUUCUGGAUGAACGAGAUGCAAGCUUUCUACGACUGUGGUCAGUACAGAAUGCAGAAGCUGAUCUACAGGAAGCUUCGUCGUCGCUUCCGGAAGAUGAGGCCGAGGGGUCUGAGUCUCCCUCGGCGAAUGAAGAAUCCUGACGAGGAUUUGAAGCUCCCCCUGUUGGAGAGGCAGCCCCCGAUCCUAAGUUCGUCUGAAGGGGAAGAGCCGUGGAGUGAUAGUGACGACUAUUUGCUCGAAGGGCCUGCCGACUCCCAAGCCGAUGAGGGUGGUGGUGAUGAUGAUGCCGAUGACGGCCACGGCGACGGUGCUGUUGAUGGUGGAGUGCCAGCUAAUGUUGUAGCUUAGUAUUUUCUUGUAUUAGUUUUUGUAGCCAUAGCACUGAAGUGCAUGUAAUGGCCGAAGCGCCCACCUCUUGUAUUUUUUUAUCCAUUAAUGAUAAGUCUUUGUCACCAUGAUUCCCUCGUCGUCUUUGUAGUUAAGUAUGUUUGCUCUUGUAAAAUUUUCUAAGUGUCAACGCUGUGUCUCGAGGUCGUUGGCGUCCCUUGAUUGAGACAGCGAUUUUCUCGCCUUUACUGUCUUUGGGGACGAUGCGUCUCCUCGUCCCUUAGUGACUUUUUAUUUUUCCCUUGGCAAAUCUUGUCCGCGUCUCAAGUUUUGGGGCUUAGUCUUGAAGUGUUGAGGACGAA